AUGGUGGAGUUAAGAACUCGAACUCAUCUGCAUUCCCAAUCGCAUUCUAUCCGGGCCAUUAAAGACGGAUCGGUCAAACUAGUGUUGAAUGUGGCUGCAAGAGGGAAAUCAAAGCUCAAAUUUAGACAGUUGGUGGAUGUAUACGAUCUAGAAAACACCAAAGAUGAUACGUCGAUCCGGACAGUAGUCAGGGAUUUGGACAAUGUUUCUGGCAUGACACAAGGUUCGUGUAAGGUUGGUGCUGAGGUGAAUGUCAAACCUGUUCCAGAUGGUUUUAACAUGACGCUCGAGAAAAUUCGGAAACAAUGCAGAGAAAAUAAAAGGAAGCUUAGAAACCGCGGCGAUGCUGAGACGGCCUCACAAGUUAAAGUUAAACAGGAGUCCUUUACUCUUCAAACUGAAGGUGAAGGAUGUGAUCUUGAGGAGACUCUUAUCAGUUGGAAUACGAAAUUCUCCAAGAGAAGAAAGAGAAGGCAAGAGCUUAAAACAAAGAGUGGUUCUACUUCUUCUCCAUCUGCAAAACAAGUUGAUUUGCCUGUGUUAUGUGAUGUCAAGUCUGAGGCUUGUGAUGAUAGCUAUGCAGUUUCUGAAGCCAUGGAUUUCGUUCCCACUGAUCCUUUGCUAGAUCGUAACAAAGAGUCAGAAUCUACUACAAGUGUAGAGUUGGUGGAAGAGAUUAUGCAUGAAUUGUCCAAGGACACAAGAAUGGUUCUUUAUCGCAGUCCAGAGCCGAAUUCUUCUGGAAUGGUAGCCAUUGAAGAGCUUAUUACUACAGGGACUGUGGAUAAAACUUUGGAAGAUGCAUCAGACGAGUUUAACGAUGCAAAGAAAGCGGGAGGCUGCGUCGCUGAUGAUAUUGAUAUUGAAAACCAGGCAAAUGUUUUGUACAGUAGUGUGUCCAGAGAGGAAAUGGAAUUGGUGGUUCCACAAAGUUCAGAAUCUCAGACCAUUGGUUGUGUCAAGAACCUCAAUUAUUCUAAUACAAUCCCGGGGAGCGAAGAAGCUAAAGAGGAUGAGCAAAGCAACAAUUCAAAGCCUAAGUCAGACAUGACCAUAACUGGUUUGGAGAUUGUGAAGAUAGAAGCUCCAGAAAUACUUGCUAACUUGUACAUGCCCAUAACUGGUUUGGAGAUUGUGAAGACAGAAGCUCCAGAAAUACUUGCUACUGAUUCCUCGGAUUUCGAGGUAGGAAAUACCGAGAUUGUGUGGGAAACUGAAGACAUUGUUAAGGCUGAGCUUCCUGAAGCAAUUGAUGUUAUCCAGCUGACCAGCUGUUGUAACUUACUGGCUAAUUUGCAUUUAGUUCCUGAUGAUAGCGCAAUUCCAUUAGAAGAAGAUCAAGUUCCAGAAAGAUUACAACAACAACAACCUGAUGCAUCCUCAGGGAAUGUAGAUGAACCAGAAGACCACAAAAGACCACAACUCUAUAAGGCUCCUGACGAGAUUACAACAGGUGCAGAGACUGACAGUAUCGAGCAACAAAAGCUACACAAUCAACCUGAAAAACUACUCUCAGGAAGAAAGGCUUUAUCUCCCACCUCUCAAGCAAAACUUCGUAAGGCGAUGGAGCACCCCGAUUCACCUGAGAAGAAGAGUAAAAAAUCCAAAGGGAAACUCUACUUCAGUAGCCAAAGUUCACAUAGGAUACUCAAGGCUGAAGGACUAGACAACAUCGACCGAGUGGAAGUCAUUCCAAAUUCAAAGCAAGCCAUUCAGAAAGCAAAUAAUAAUACUCAGCAAACGCAGUAUCAUAGAGCCACACGCAAGUUUCAUCGACGAGAUACUCGAGCAGCAAAACGACCACCUUUUAGCACUGGAUGCACCUCUAUACAAGGAUGCUCACAGAAAGCUAUUGCCUUCACUCAAGGGCAAGUGCGUGAUUUCCAGUUUGUCGCAACUAGGCUCACAAAAGAGCUGAAAUCGAUGAGACAGAUUACAAAGAGAUGCCUCCUAGCUGAAAGCAACACUUCCAACAUGCCUGACUCUAACUUAGAUGAGGUGAAAACUUUGAUUAGAAAUGCAGAAAAAACCGAAGAGAGUAGCAAGAAAUGGCUUUCGAUAAUUGAACGAGACUGUAAUCGGUUUUGCAAACUCAUGGGUAUGGUCAGAGAAGACUCUCCAGUUACUGAAAACAUUGUUCAGAAGGAAAAGAAGAUCAAAUUUGCAGAUGACGCAGGAGGAGAUUUGUGUCAUGUCAAGGUUUUUGAGAUUGAUUUGGAAUCUGAAUCAUAA